CUUGUGCAAUCAACAGUACAAGCGCUCUCUCUCUCCCUCACGCAACCCCAUUUGCGCCUCUCAUCUCCUCUCGAGGGAGACGAAGAAGACGACGACGACGACGACGACGACGGGGAAGAAGAAGAGAGUGCUCUGCCCCUUCUUCUAGGGUUUCGUCAUCUUCGAGAAAUCAUGGCGGGGACGUUGGUGCAGUCUGCACUUCUUCCUGCUCUAAGUAAAAGCCAGAAUCAGAUUCGCAGAUCCACGAAGUCUCGCAGGACAGUGAAAAUGAUAUGCAAUGCACAACUCAGUCCCAUCACUUUCCGUGGAUUUUCCGGUUUGCGGGUAGCAGAUAAUUUGGAUUUUGCUGCCAGAAGAGGGCAAAAUUUCAACUCUCUAGUAUCAGCGCUUGUCGCUGCCCCAAAGGGAGGAAGGCCUAAGCGAGGAGUGGCUAGAGCUAUGUUUGAGCGCUUCACGGAGAAGGCUAUCAAAGUUAUUAUGCUUGCACAAGAAGAAGCAAGGCGGCUAGGGCACAAUUUUGUUGGAACAGAACAAUUACUGCUGGGUCUUAUUGGUGAAGGGACUGGCAUUGCAGCAAAAGUUCUGAAAUCUAUGGGCAUCAAUCUCAAAGAUGCCCGUGUUGAAGUAGAGAAGGCCAUUGGACGAGGUAGCGGGUUUGUUGCUGUGGAGAUACCAUUUACGCCACGGGCAAAGCGCGUUUUGGAACUGUCAUUGGAGGAAGCCCGCCAAUUAGGCCAUAACUACAUUGGAUCUGAGCACUUGCUUCUUGGACUGCUCCGAGAGGGAGAGGGUGUUGCUGCUCGCGUGCUUGAGAGUCUUGGUGCAGAUCCUAGCAACAUCAGAACACAGGUCAUACGAAUGGUUGGUGAAAGCACAGAAGCUGUGGGUGCUGGUGUUGGAGGAGGAAGCAGCGGUCAGAAAAUGCCGACACUUGAAGAAUAUGGAACUAAUUUGACUAAGUUGGCUGAAGAGGGUAAGUUGGAUCCUGUUGUUGGUAGGCAGGAUCAGAUAGAGCGUGUUACUCAAAUUUUGGGAAGACGAACAAAGAAUAAUCCUUGCCUUAUUGGUGAACCUGGUGUUGGAAAGACAGCUAUUGCUGAAGGACUUGCACAAAGAAUAGCAAACGGGGAUGUUCCAGAAACAAUUGAAGGAAAGAAGGUUAUUACUCUUGAUAUGGGACUCCUUGUUGCUGGCACAAAAUACCGUGGAGAGUUUGAGGAAAGAUUAAAGAAACUUAUGGAGGAAAUCAAGCAGAGUGAUGAAAUAAUCCUCUUCAUUGAUGAAGUCCACACAUUAAUUGGGGCAGGGGCAGCAGAGGGUGCAAUAGAUGCUGCUAAUAUCUUAAAGCCAGCGCUCGCCAGAGGCGAGUUGCAGUGUAUUGGUGCCACAACGCUGGACGAAUAUAGAAAGCACAUUGAGAAAGAUCCAGCUCUGGAGAGACGUUUUCAACCUGUGAAAGUGCCAGAGCCAACUGUUGAUGAGACGAUACAAAUUCUCAAGGGUCUUCGUGAAAGAUAUGAGAUUCACCACAAGCUUCGUUAUACUGAUGAGGCUCUAAUUGCGGCCGCUCAAUUGUCUUAUCAGUAUAUUAGCGACCGCUUCCUCCCAGAUAAAGCAAUCGACUUGAUAGAUGAAGCUGGCUCCCGUGUCAGACUUCGACAUGCUCAGCUUCCUGAGGAGGCUAGAGAACUCGACAAGGAACUGAGGCAGAUCACCAAAGAGAAGAAUGAGGCAGUCCGUAGCCAAGAUUUUGAGAAGGCUGGUGAGCUGCGUGAUCGUGAGAUGGAGCUGAGGGCGCAAAUCUCCGCUCUAAUUGACAAGGGCAAGGAGGAGAGCAAAGCUGAGAGUGAGAUGGGUGAAGCGGGUCCAGUCGUCACCGAAGCUGACAUCCAGCACAUUGUCUCUUCCUGGACUGGAAUUCCUGUUGAAAAGGUCUCAACUGAUGAGUCUGACCGCUUGCUAAAAAUGGAAGAGACUCUUCACAAGCGCAUCAUUGGCCAGGACGAGGCGGUCAAGGCCAUUAGCCGUGCGAUACGCCGUGCCCGUGUUGGGCUCAAAAACCCUAACCGGCCUAUUGCCAGCUUCAUCUUCUCGGGUCCCACCGGAGUCGGAAAAUCUGAACUGGCAAAAGCAUUAGCCGCCUACUAUUUUGGAUCUGAAGAAGCCAUGAUCCGGCUUGACAUGAGUGAGUUCAUGGAGCGGCACACCGUAUCCAAACUGAUCGGCUCGCCGCCUGGGUAUGUCGGGUACACUGAGGGGGGCCAGUUGACCGAAGCAGUCCGCCGCCGUCCAUACACAGUCGUUCUUUUUGAUGAGAUUGAGAAGGCCCACCCAGAUGUUUUUAACAUGAUGCUUCAAAUAUUAGAAGAUGGUAGAUUGACCGACAGCAAAGGACGAACCGUAGAUUUCAAGAACACUCUUUUGAUUAUGACGUCGAAUGUUGGAAGUAGUGUGAUUGAAAAGGGUGGGCGGAGAAUCGGGUUCGAUCUCGACUACGAUGAAAAAGACAGCAGUUAUAAUCGCAUUAAGAGUCUAGUCACCGAGGAGUUGAAACAAUACUUCCGCCCAGAAUUUUUGAACAGAUUGGAUGAGAUGAUCGUGUUCCGUCAAUUGACUAAGCUAGAGGUGAAGGAGAUCGCCGACAUAAUGCUCAAGGAAGUGUUUGAGAGAUUAAAGGCAAAGGAAAUUGACCUCCAAGUGACGGAGAGGUUUAAAGAUAGGGUUGUCGAUGAAGGCUACAACCCUAGCUAUGGUGCAAGACCCCUGAGAAGAGCUAUAAUGCGACUCCUUGAAGACAGUUUAGCGGAGAAAAUGCUCGCAGGCGAAGUCAAAGAAGGGGAUUCCGCGAUUGUAGAUGUGGAUUCCGAAGGAAACGUGAUUGUCCUCAAGGGCGGAAGUGGAGUUCAAGAGCCGUUAUCCCCUGCUAUUUCGGUGUGAGAGAAUUAAGUUAUACUUCUCAAAGAGUUCAGGUUAUUGCUCGUCGUUAUUGCUGCUAUUUAGCUCAGUCUUUCUUUGUGGUUAUCAGGAACUAACGUUACUACCGGUUUUCAUCAUUUACUUUGUGAGAGACAUUUUGAUCUGAAGUCAAGAUAGCAAUUUCUUUUUAAUUGGUUUUUACACUGUAAGCAGAACUGCGUAUUCCUGCAAAAUUAAGUAGAUCCGAGCGACUAUUAUGAGUGACGUUAUAUGCGUGUGCUGUUUAUGAUUCCACCAUUUGUUCCGCUGUUGCAGUUGGUCAUGUUCAAGAGCUUAUAAUGUGCUGCAUGAUUCUAACCCC